AUGACCGGCGAAUAUCAGUUAAAGCUUUCGAAAAAUAGCACAAGUAUUUUCAGAGUUAGAAAUUAUGAGACACUUACUGACUCAGGACUCAAGGAGAGAUAUAGAUUUGUUUCUGCAACUGGGACUCUGACAAUCACCUCAGCACAGAUCAGUGACUCUGGAUCAUACACCAUAGAGACCUAUACCACAAGUGGGAUAAGCACUGGGAAAUGUACUUUCCAGCUGAUUAUUGCAGCUCCUGUGACCAUUCCUGUGGUUACACACUCGUGUGACGAUGACCUCAAGGCCACGGUCACAUGCUCCUCCAGUGGGUCCAGUCCUCAGUACAGCUGGUCUCUGGACGGUCGGCCUCUGAAUAAAGCAGAUGCUGAUUUCAUUAGCACGGUCCGACUGAAGAGAAAUGUGGUUGGAGAACUCAAAUGCACCGUCUCAAACAACGUCAACAGCGAGAGCAAAACGCACCAGCUGCCUAAUUGCCACGCAAAUAUCAAGACUGUGGCCAGCACUCCCUCUGUGACAACCGUGCACCCACCUCUCACCGAGACCACAGAGAAGAAGGGCGAAGCCUGGGACACAUUGCAAUCGUUCUUAUAUGUCCUCCUACCUUGUGCGGCAGGUUUGGGUCUUCUAAACUUUGUGAUGGUGAUUGCGUUUGUGUACAUGAGCACCAGAGAAAGAAGAAGCGGACCUCACAAGACAGAGGGUUAGAAAAAGUAAAGUGACUGCAAACCAA